AUGUUGAAAUUGCUUGCUCGCUAUUCAGUUAAUCGACCAAGAUAUAUUGCGAUGAGCGCUUCGUUAGAUAGCUCGAGGUUGAAACUAACCAAGGUUGCAAAGCCCUCCACUCCCACACCACCAGAUUUGUUGCAGUUCGGUAAAACCUUUACUGAUCAUAUGAUCACGAUAGAAUGGACGAGUGAGGAAGGCUGGGGUAUUCCAGAACUCAAACCGUAUGGCAAUCUAUCAUUGAGCCCUGCUGCAUCUGUCUUUCAUUAUGCUUUCGAAUUGUUUGAAGGAAUGAAGGCGUAUAGAACUUCCGAUAACAAGAUUACUUUAUUUCGGCCGGACAAGAACAUGGCGAGGAUGAAUAGAUCUGCUUCAAGGAUCUGUUUACCCAAUUUUGAUUCUGAGGAAUUAAUCACAUUGAUUGGUAAAAUGAUUGAACAAGACAGGCAUUUGGUUCCUAACAAGCGGGGGUAUUCUUUAUAUAUCAGGCCGGUUAUGAUUGGAACGACAAGUUCUCUUGGUAUAGCCCCUCCUGAUAAGGCGCUAUUGUAUGUCAUUGCGUCGCCAGUUGGACCCUACUAUAAGACAGGGUUUAAGAGUGUUUCUUUAGAAGCUACUGAUUAUGCUACUAGAGCGUGGCCAGGCGGUGCAGGUAAUAGUAAGCUAGGGUCUAACUAUGCCCCUUGCAUUCUACAUCAGUUGCAAGCUGCUAAACGUGGCUUUCAACAGAACUUGUGGCUUUUUGGACCUGAGAAAUAUAUUACUGAAGUCGGCUCCAUGAAUGCCUUCUUUAUAUUUAAAGAUUCUGCGACUAAUAAGAAAGAGUUGGUAACUGCUCCAUUGGAUGGCACAAUUUUAGACGGUGUUACGAGAGACUCAAUCUUGAUUUUGGCUCGUGAGAGAUUGGACCCUAAUGAAUGGACUAUAUCAGAAAGACUGUUCACCAUUACAGAAGUCGUUGAGAGAGCCGCUAAAGGAGAGUUAGUCGAGGCUUUUGGUUCUGGAACUGCUGCAAUUGUGUCCCCAAUUAAGGAAAUUGGAUGGAAUAAUGAAUUGAUUAAAGUUCCGCUCUUGCCAGGGGAAGAAAGUGGCCCCUUUACAAAAGAAGUCUCUAAAUGGAUCAGUGAUAUUCAGUAUGGUGUGGUCGAGUAUAAGGAUUGGGUUCGUGUAGUUGCCACACUUGACUGA